AUGGCCCACGGGGGGCUUCAGGGGCAGCUACUGGGGGCUGAUAGGUAAGAGGUGCAGCCAGAGGCGCUGGUGCAGGAGCUGAGCUGCUGUAGGGCCCUGUGGGGCCGCCCCAAGAUCUUCCUGCUUCAGGUUUGCCGUGGGGUGAGCAGGGGAUGCUGGCGUGGGACACACACUCUCCCCUGGUUGUGGCUCUGGCUGCGGGCACCACCAGCCACCCCCUCCCCGACCGAUGUCCUCCACAUCUAUGCUGAUAUGCUAGGCAGCUUCUCCAGGGGCCCCACUCCAGGGAGCCCUAACCAAGCAGACAUCUUGAUGGUCUACGCAGCCACUGAAGGUAAGGGGAUGGCCUUUCGGGAUGAGAAGGGCUCAGACUUUAUCCAGACACUGGUGGAGGUCCUCAGAGCUGACCCCAGGGGAGACCUCCUGGAGCUGAUGACUGAGGUCAAUCGGCAGGUGUGCAAGCUAAACGUGCUGGGUCCCGACUGUGAUGAGCGCCGCAAGGCCUGUCUGGAGAUCUGCAGCUCGUUGAGGCACCGGCUCUGCCUGCAGGCCUGA